GCAUACCUGUGUUGAUAAACAUGGUUACAUAUUUUUGAAUAGCGUGUAGGCCCCAAAUGCUGGAGGUCUAAUCUAAUCUUUGAGUGUGUCCCAAGCAAAUGUCAUGAAAAGAGAAGGAAAUAAAGAAAAUAAAGGGCCAAAGAGGGCAAUAGCGUCUCCGUUUAUCUGGGCAGCAAGCAAGCAUAUGUGCCUAAACUGCAAAAGGAGAAAAGGAUAGGCGAAUCCAAAACAUCAAAAUCACCGGAAUCCAAUCAUUUCCAUGCAUGCGCUUUUACAAACUAAACAAAAGCUCGCUCGACUCCUCACUCUUCUUUGAUCACUGACGCUUCACUCUUUGGCGCACUGGAUUCUCCUGUUUAGUGUGUGUAGCUUUUAGCUGGCCCCACUUUAAUUUACCCUGGUUUGCAAUGGCAGCUAUAACAACAACCUCACACCUUGCUGCUGCAGCUGCUGCUGCCACUGAAAUCCUCUUGCCAUUUGCCAAAGCUUGUUCAUGUAUCCUGCCAUGGAGGAGGGCAGCAGCUACCUGCGUCCGUUGCAUUUCUUCUCCAUCUUCGUUGCAUUCGCUUCCUUCUCACAAUGUGGAGCAAGAGUGUUAAGGCCAGAUGAGCUACUACUCGAUCACUACUACUACCACUCGUCGUCGUCUGAUCCAUACUACAGCACACCGAUCCUUCCACCCUACGGCGACGCAUUCUCACCGCCGAACCCUCCUCCCCCUCCUCCUCCGAUGUCACCCAGCUGCCUCCUCCCUCCGAUCAUUCCGGCACCAACAUUCACAUACAGUUCUCCUCCACCGCCGCCACUCUACUACCCUCCACCGCCGGAUAUAAGCCCAAGCCCGCCACCGUCUGUUACACCAUUGCCACCUGUAGUCUACCCGAGUCCACCGGAAGUCACACCUAGUCCACCGGAAAUUGCACCGUAUCCAAGCCCACCUGAAAUUGUUCCUAGCCCACCAGAGAUCACACCGUACCCAAGUCCACCUGAAAUCGUUCCUAGCCCGCCGGAGAUCACGCCAUAUCCAAGUCCACCUGAAGUUGUUCCUGGCCCACCGGAGAUCAACCCGUAUCCAAGCCCGCCUGAGAUUGUUCCUAGCCCACCAGAAAUCACGCCAUAUCCUAGUCCACCUGAGAUUGUUCCUAGCCCACCAGAGAUCACGCCAUAUCCAAGUCCACCCGAAAUUGUGCCAAGCCCACCUGAAAUCGCACCUAGUCCACCGAUCGUUACACCGAUGCCACCCAUAAUCUACCCAAGCCCACCGGAAGUCACACCCAGCCCGCCAGAAAUCACACCUUAUCCAAGCCCACCGGAAGUCACACCAGGCCCGCCAGAAAUCACACCUUAUCCAAGCCCACCCGAAAUCACACCUAGCCCGCCAGAGAUCACGCCGUAUCCAAGCCCACCUGAAGUUGUACCUAGCCCACCAAAGAUCACCCCAUAUCCAAGCCCGCCGGAAGUCACACCUAGCCCACCUGAGAUCACCCCAUAUCCAAGCCCACCUGACAUCGUCCCCAGCCCGCCAAGCUAUGAGCCUAGCCCACCUAGCUAUGAACCUAGCCCACCGGAGUACGCGCCAGAACCACCGGUGUACGCGCCGUAUCCACCGGGGAUCUUCCCGAGUCCACCGGAGUACUCGCCGGAGCCGCCGUCAUACGUGCCAAGCCCACCGCAGUACGCGCCGCAGCCGCCGUCAUACGUGCCAAGCCCACCGGAGUACGCGCCGGAGCCGCCGGUGUACGCGCCGUAUCCACCGGGGAUCACACCGAGCCCGCCGGAGUACGCGCCGGAGCCACCGCCGGGCCCGCCCGGCGGUGGUGGCGGGUACCUGCCGCCGGUGGUGUUCCCGCCGCCGUACGCGUCGCGGGGGCCGCCGGGGAGGCGCGCGGUGUGGUGCGUGGCGAAGCCGUCGGUGCCGGAGGGGAUAAUCCAGCCGGCGAUGGACUACGCGUGCGGCUCCGGCGCCGACUGCGACUCCAUCCAGCCGUCGGGGCCGUGCUUCCGGCCGGACACCAUGAUCGCCCACGCCUCCUACGCCUUCAACAGCUACUGGCAGCGCGCCAAGUCCAACGGCGCCACCUGCGACUUUGGCGGCACCGCCAUGCUCAUCACCAAGGAUCCAAGUUAUGGUGGCUGCCAUUACAGUACGAUGUGAUCAGAUCACACCAAGAAAUGCGGGGUUUUGGAUGUUGGACAGGAACCUCUGAAAGUUUCAGGCUUCAGAGGUACUUUGUUCUGAUGUUGCUAAGGGUGUUUAUUGCAGUUGAUCACUGAUUUUGUAUAGAGUAAAAGGGCUCAAUCAAUCCUAUUUAGAGAGAUUCUUCUAACUUUUCUUUUUGGGCACUUCUUAUUGUUUUGUAUUGUUCUGAAUAAGGUUAUGUAAUUUGCCAUCUUAGUAAA